CGCUUUCCGGAGUUGUUAAGGGGGGAGAGAGAGAGAGACAGACUGAAGCAUUACGAAAGUCAAAAUACAAAAGUUCCAAUUUCCAGCCGGAGAAGGUGACUGCCGUUGUCCGGUUCUCUAUCUCUGUCCGUCUCCCCACUACCUCUCUCACUCCCUGUUCUUCUUCCUUCCCUCCCUCCAUAAUUCGGUCAUCAGCUUCUCUCUCUCUCCCUGUCCGUGUUCUGUCGCUUCGUGAUCUCCGCUUGAGCUCACACUCCAAUGGACGCACUCUCGCACUCAGGUGCGAUCAUGAAAGUCAAGCUACUCCAUGAUCCCAACAACAAGCGGAGCCGCGGCCCCCGACCCACUACGAGAAUUCCCAUCAGACCCCGCCGCAGAAUACCCCCGGCAAAGUUCGCCGUCAAGUCCGAUGCCCAGAAGCAAGAUCAUCGUUAUUAUCAUCACCAAGAGAUCGACUUCAGCGACCCCAAUUGGAAGCCCAAGUUCCAGAGGGACUUCGAGAACCGCUUCAGACUCCCCCACCUGACGGACAUAUUCCCUGAUGCCCCCACCAUCCCCUCCACCUUCUGCCUUAAAAUGAGGACUCCGGUAACGGGGGAUUUUGCAGAUUGGUACCCCUCCGAUGAGAAGUGGCACGGCUACAUCAAUAAUAGCGACCGGGUCCUUCUCAAGGUUAUUCACUACUCAUCACCUACAUCAGCUGGUGCCGAGUGCAUUGAUCCCGACUGCACUUGGGUUGAACAAUGGGUUCACCGAGCUGGGCCUCGUGAGGAAAUUUAUUUCAAGCCAGAAGAAGUUAAGGCAGCAAUUGUUACUUGUGGAGGACUGUGCCCUGGUCUCAAUGAUGUCAUCAGACAGGUUGUUAUCACCCUGGAAAUUUAUGGGGUCAAAAAGAUUGUUGGGAUACCUUUUGGUUAUCGUGGUUUCAGCGACAAUGAAUUAACUGAAAUGCCACUAUCACGCAAAGUUGUUCAGAAUGUCCAUCUUUCUGGUGGAAGCUUAUUAGGGGUAUCACGUGGAGGACCUGGGAUAAGUGAAAUCGUGGACAGUAUGGAGGAAAGAGGAAUAAACAUGCUUUUUGUGUUGGGUGGAAAUGGUACACAUGCUGGAGCCAAUGCGAUACACAAUGAGUGCCGCAAAAGACGAUUAAAGGUGGCUGUUGUGGGUGUGCCAAAAACUAUAGACAAUGACAUAUUGUUGAUGGACAAAACUUUUGGAUUCGAUACUGCAGUUGAAGAAGCGCAACGGGCCAUAAAUUCUGCAUACAUUGAAGCUCACAGUGCUUACCAUGGCAUAGGAAUUGUUAAACUGAUGGGUCGGAGCAGUGGGUUUAUAGCCAUGCAUGCUUCCCUUGCUAGUGGACAGAUCGAUAUCUGUCUGAUUCCAGAGGUACCUUUUCAUUUACAUGGUCCUCAUGGCGUGUUGAGACACCUUAAGUACCUGAUUGAGACAAAAGGGUCAGCUGUUGUUUGCGUAGCAGAGGGGGCUGGGCAGAAUUUUGUUGAGCAAACCAAUGCUAGAGAUGCAUCUGGAAAUACUGUACUGGGAGACAUUGGAGUGCAUUUACAACAGGAGACAAAGAAGUACUUUAAGGAGAUUGGUGUUCCAGCCGAUGUGAAGUACAUUGACCCCACUUACAUGAUCCGUGCUUGCCGUGCAAAUGCAUCGGACGGCAUUCUUUGCACCGUUUUGGGCCAAAACGCUGUUCAUGGGGCUUUUGCAGGUUACAGCGGCAUCACAGUAGGCAUAUGCAACACUCACUACAUCUACUUCCCCAUUCCAGAAGUCAUAUCUUACCCGAGGGCUGUCGACCCAAACAGCAGAAUGUGGCACCGUUGCCUUACCUCUACUGGGCAGCCCGACUUUGUCUGAGACCUUUCAAGUCCAGAGCGCCCUUUUUAUUGUCUUCAACAUUGAAAUAUUUGGUGAAUAGAAGACUGAAAGCUCAGCUCAUAAAAAUAAUUGAAUUGGGUGCCAUCAUUGUUGCAUUUCCUUCAGUCACUCAAUUGUCGGUGUGCUGAGGGUAGCAAGGGGAAUAAUCCUGUCUGCGACUUAAAAGAGUUAAGCAAAUUUUGGAGCUAUUUAUGUUCCAUCUUGUUUAACCCUGGACAGCAGAUGAUGUCGGAUGGGAAUGAGGGGUCAUUCAUUCCCUGGGAGUAACACAAUUUAUUAUGUAACAUGAGUUUACUCGAACAGUUCCUCUUUGUUCAUCAUUAAUAGCUCAUGCAGAAUACUCAUUAUUGGCACGGGAAGCAGUUUUUGAUGUU